CCCACCCCUCGCUCCCAGCGUGCGUUGCCUUUCCGUGUGAUCCCUUCUCGCCUCGCCUCACGCUUCCCCCCCCUCCUCGGCUCCUCGCUCUCUAGCUCCUCUCGCUUCCUCCCCACCCCAACGAGGCGGGGACCAGGCCAGUCUCGUCCCGUCCCCUUCCCUUCCUCAGCGAGCGGAGAUCACUCAGCUCGGCUCGGCAUGGCGAGCGGCGGGGGAGGAGGAGGAGGAGGAGGGGCGCUGGGGGUGGCGGGCGCGGGGCGGAUGCCCACGUGGAGGGAGCGGGAGAACAACAAGCGCCGUGAGCGGCGGCGCCGCGCGAUCGCCGCCAAGAUCUUCGCGGGCCUCCGCGCGCACGGCGGGUACAAGCUGCCCAAGCACUGCGACAACAACGAGGUGCUCAAGGCGCUCUGCAACGAGGCCGGAUGGGUCGUCGAGCCCGACGGCACCACCUACCGCAAGGGAAGCAAGCCUCAAGAACGCGUGGAUGCAAUUGGGUGCUCCGUAUCACCAAGCCCAUGUUCAUCCUACCAACUAAGUCCACGGGCAUCAUACAAUGCGAGCCCUACUUCCUCUUCAUUCCCCAGCGGUGCAUCUUCUCCCUUCCUCCCUCCUAAUGAAAUGGCUAAUGGUAUCGAUGGCAACCCUAUCCUACCAUGGCUCAAGACAUUGUCCAACGGUACUCCAUCAAAGAAGCACCCGCUUCUACCACCACUGUUGAUCCAUGGUGGCUCCAUCAGUGCUCCAGUAACUCCCCCACUAAGCUCACCAUCUGCCCGGACACCUCGGAUGAAGACAGAUUGGGAUGAAUCAGCUGUCCAGCCUCCAUGGCACGGCGCAAACAGCCCCUCUAUAGUGAACUCCACCCCGCCCAGUCCUGGUCGGUCGAUGGCGCCUGACCCUGCAUGGCUUGCCAGUAUCCAAAUCUCAUCGACCAGUCCGAAUUCCCCUACCUUCAGCCUAGUAUCCACUAAUCCGUUCAGCGUCUUCAAAGAAUCUAUCUCAGUUGGUGGCAACUCAUCAAGGAUGUGCACGCCGGGGCAAAGCGGCACAUGCUCUCCCGCGAUCCCAGGCAUGCCACGACCCUCUGAUGUUCACAUGAUGGAUGCCGUCUCCGACGAGUUUGCUUUCGGAAGCAGCACGAACGGCGCGCAGCAGGCUGCUGGGCUGGUGAGGGCGUGGGAAGGCGAGCGGAUCCAUGAGGACUCUGGAUCGGACGACCUGGAGCUGACCCUGAAGCUCUAGGGCAGGCGCUGAUGAUGCUUAACAUCGCUAACUUGGAGGAAUUGUUGCCGUUGUUUUUAGUGUAUUUUCUUAUUGUUGUUGAUUAGUUCGUAAUGGAGACCAAUUGUGUGGUUCCAUUCAGAUAGCUUCACUUGUUGUGAUGAUAAUUGUGGUGUUUAUUUAUGCAAGGGGAGAGGGAUAGAGCCUAGAGGUGUGAAGGGCUUGGUUCGGGCGAAAUGAGCUCAGAUGUAGCCCGGUGCCCUGCACAGCCGGUGAUCUCGGUUGGGUGUCGCAUAAGCUCCCCCUGUGCUGUUGUCGUGACAAUUGUAAAUUAAUGUCAGAAGUCAUUCAGAAACCUGUGAAGCAUUUUUA